GCCCAUUCACACCAACGCAGUGCGUUGCGUUAUAUUUUGACGCAGAUGCAACGCAAUGCGCUGAACUUGUUCACACUGCGUUGCGUUGACGCAUGUCAAAAGGUCAUAUUCCGGGUGCCCGUAUUUUGGAUCAGGAACUUGAUAGGCAUUGUGUUUAAGAGCAGAGUAGGUAAGACAGCUGUUGUUUGGAUAUAAAUUUGAGACGUUUUGGCGAUUGUAUAAUGCCGUUGUAUAUCAAUGAUAGUUAUUAUUUUCAAAACAAUGAAAAAUGUACAAUGAUUUUUAUACAGAUUGAUUAGAUAUCGGUAUGGCAGGUAUGGACUUAGAACAUCUCAUAGUUGAGGUCAGAGAAAGGAAGUGUCUUUACGCUGUAAAAGAAGCAGCCUACAGGGAUACAAUUAAAAAGGGAAAGGCGUGGGAAGAGGUCGCAGAGGCGUUGGGAAGAAGUGGUAAGAAAAUGAGUAUGAGCCUAGAAUAGUUAUCUGUUACUAUAUUGCAUCUAAAACCAAUUAGGAAGAAAUUAAGUAAAUGCAAGAUAACAGAAUAAACUUCAAAGUUAAUUGCUUUUCAGUGACAGAUUGUAAGACCAGAUGGAGAUCUACAAAGGAUAGGUAUAGGAAAGAGAAAAGAAGGGAAUCAGAGGCUACGAGGAGUGGGGCAGCAGCAGGGGGAUAUAGAGCAUGGAAGUGCUAAAGUUCCUAGACGAGCACGUCGACUUUCGAACAACGUCUUCAAAUAUUGACGAGGAUGUCACUCUUGUGGUGCUCCAAGAUGGAAAUAAUGUCCAAAUGAGUGGUGAAGCUGACAACUUACCUAAUAUGAACACCAGUUGCACUACAUCAGCAUCUGAUAAAGAUGCACUUACAAAAGCGACUGAUCUUGACGAAACUAUCAUGAGUCUUGUCAACAAAGAGAGUGAUGAUGCUGAAAAAUUUGCAUUGAGCCUCGUAGAUACUCUACGCAGGCUACCAGUACAACGUUUGCAACUUGCGAAAAUUAAAAUUCACGAGCUUCUGUACAACAUCGAAUUUGGGGAAAUAUAAUUUACUUGGAACACAUUGUUUUCAAUUAUUGAUU